CUCCGUCAAAUAUUUAUAAUAACUAAUAAAACUAAUAAUAAAACGUGUUCUACAACCACGGAUUAGUCUGCCCUUUCUUUCGGGAACCAAUGCGUGGGGUAACCGUUUAAGGCAACUCCAUGUGACGCACGACGACAACCUUUUAUUCGCAGUCCUAGGGCGACUGCAGGGGCAACUCGCGCUGGAAUGACGGUUUAGACGGCCAGCUAGAGAGUUGCCAGAGCUGGGGUGACGGUUUAGACGGCCAGCCAGGAUUUGUGUGAGCGCAGCCAGCGCUACGUACCGGCAGAGGAGUCGCAGCCAGCGACACUGGCGUCGCAGUCAGCGACGAACGCCGGUACGAACGAGUCGCAGCCAGCGACAAGGAGACGCAAGAAGCGUCAUUUGUGGAGACCGCAGCCAGCGGUCAGAAGGCGCAAGGAGCGCCAAGCAUCCGUGGCCGCAGCCAGCGGCACGAGGCGUCAGAGACGCCAUUUUGGAUGCGCAGAGGCGCCGCCAUUUUGGAGCUGGGGAAGAUGCAGCAUUCCCCCAGGAAGAGUGCCCGGCUGAACGGAGGGGAAGCCACCCCUGUAACAACAGUGAGUCAGCAGCCAGCCAGUAGUGGAGCAGGAACUCGGACGCGGGUGAACAUCACGGCGGCGUCGAUUCCUUGCCCGGCCACUACGGUGACUACAGUAGCUUCCCAACCUAGAAGUACUGCUGUCACAGCUGCGAGUUCAGUACCGGAGGUGAACCAGCCCCUCGUGUUGGAACUCAUGGAGAGGAUCGCAGCGUUGGAAAGGGAGCUGGAGAAGGCUCGAUCCCUGGAAAGUGUGAGCACCGCCAAUUGCGCGCCAAUCGCAGUUGGCCCAAGCGCAGUGGGUAGCGCGUGGCUACAGGAGUACGCAAACGUGGUGUGCACGGUUUUGGACGUCGAGGGAAAGGAGCCGAGGCGUCGACUUCUACAUGCAAGCGUCGACCAUAAUGAAUGCGAUCAACAGGAUGAUCGGCAUGGAGGUUGUCCCAUCUGUGGAGGAUAGCAUGGAAUAUUGAACUGCAGAAAAUUUAUUGGAGCUUCGCCACAGGAAAGGUGGAGCAAUGUGAAGAGGCAUCGGCUCUGCUUCAAUUGCCUGCGAAGCGGGCACACGGCUAGAUCCUGCUAUACGCAAGGUGAGUGCCAGAUUAAUGGAUGCCGAAGGGCCGUCCAUCACCGUCUGCUACAUGGUGCGGACGAGGAGCGAAGGCCGCUGCAGCGAGGUGGCUUCAGACGCCACGAAGGGAACCAGCAGUUUCCAGACGCAGCCCGGCCAGGAGGCCUUCGCUACGAGAUGGUCACAGGGACCACGAGAGGAACCGGCAGCCAGCCUCCUUGCCGACGCUCUCCUUGCACUCCAAGAUCCCUUCGUAGUUCGUCAUCGAUCAUCGUGACGGAGAUGGUCACAGGGACCAGGAGAGGAACCGGCAGCCAGCCGUUCCCAGUAACAGCCUGGAGAGAGGAGCUCCGCGUGAAGCGGGAGAGGAAUGCAUGCAGAGGAAUUUGAGCUGCUUUGACGCCGAAGGAGGCCAUCUACUGUUCCGUAUACUGCCGGUUACGCUGUACGGAGCGGGGCGAAAGGUGGAUACG